UCGCAGUCACUUAUGUAGCUCCAAAUAGCCGAGCAGAAUCUAGCUGUCAAAAGGAGCUUGAAGGCUAUGUCACCUCCAGGGUAAAUGAGGGGCAUCUCAGAAGAGCGUUCCUGGGGUCUGCAAAAUUAUUUAACAACUCGUGAAAGCCUUUUCCAACUUGACAAUAAUUUAUUCUGAGGCGUUGCACUAAAUGUUCACGUUUUAUUUCAAAAUAUGCAAGUGAUAUUUUGGAGCAGAAAGUGAGGUUAAAUGGCUCCAAAACGUAAAAUUGAUAAGAAGGCUCAAUUGAUGAGAAGAAUUGAUGAAAAUUACUCACUUGGUCUUUUUUUUAACAUUAUUACUCUUCUUGUGAUCCUUUUUCACGUAAAAUAAUUGUCUGUGGCGUUGACCCGGCGCCAUGGCAAAUUCGCCCGGUUAUCGAUUACAUUCCACACGUCCCAAACAAUCAGCAUGAGUGACUUUGGAGGAAAAAAGAACCUUUUCAAAGGUGGCUCCGUUGCCGCUGCGAUCGAUCGACGUUGUCAUGGUAGCGAUUUCGAAUUGAAUGAGAUAUUUUAAGAAUGGAGGUAGAGCCGAAAUACACCUUUCUUCCUGUUCCCGAGAAGCAUUAUCCGGGAUUGAGUGAUAAAAAUGUUGCACAAUUAAUUCAGAAAUGGGGACUCAAUUUGAUGAUUCAAAACUUCGUGUUUAAUGAGCCCUUUCAUCAGUACCAUAAGUAUCUGUUGGCGGAGGCGUUUUUCAAAGACAAUGCAGUAUCAAAGCAUUUGAAGAUAUGGGAUGGAAAGUAUUCGUUCUCAGAGGAGGGGAUUGUCGCCAAUGAAGUCGAAAUCAAUCAGAUCCCCUGUACGGUUUUAUCGAUGAACUUCUUUGAAAAAUUGAAGGAUCCUGAGAAUAACAUCAUCUACAACUCUGGAAGCAUUCGACAAAAAUGUGAAGAGCAAAUUGAUGGGAUUUUUGUAUCUGACAAUCUGCGAAAAAUGUUGUUGGACGAGGAGUCCGAUGAGUACCGUCUCUUCUCGAAAACCGAAAGGGCAGAGUUCAUCUUCAAACUUUUUCAAAUGUUGAUUCUUGGAGGAGAGUAUUGCCAAUACGAGGAUCAAUUGGAACCAUAUCUGGAGUGUACGAAGAAAAUUUAUAAAGAUCUCGUGAGAGUCCAUAAAUUGGAAGACACAAAUACUCUAACAAUUUCUACAAUAGUACUCGAAGUAAUCGCGAAAAAAGAUGAGGCAUAUUUCCCAAGAAACCCGACUCAUAAGCAGAACAUUGGAUUUCUAUUGAUCAAUCGUAACACUCGUGAAAUAACGACGCUGCUUCACCAAUUUGGUACAUAAGCUAGAAAAUAUGGAUCUUUGAAUAACACAAUAAAAUAUGCACUACAAAUUAGAAGGCAGAUUAAGGUAAAUAAAUCCAACGAUGAAAAUAAUCCUCAAUUUAUUAAUAAUAGUCAA